UCCAUAGCCAUUGUUACUUCGUGGGCGAGGGAGGGGAUUGGCGCGCCCUUGGGUCUUGGAGCUCGGUCGCAGUGGGAGCUCGCAGGGUUAGGCGCUGGAUAUUUUAGCUGUGCGUGGGGAUAGCGCGCGCGAGGAAGAUCGAUCGGUAUUUCGGGAUUGGAUGGUAGAGCAGUCGCAAUGCAGCAGCAGGAGGGAAGCUAGGGCCUGAUCCGCGGCGGGAAGAAAUCGCGGGAUUGAUUUUUAGGUCUCGGUGGGAGGGGAUGCAAUGCGGGAAUCUUGGCUGCUAGCAGUGGGAUGGGAUCUUUGCCUCACAGCGCCUGUGGCAAUGGCUUCGCAGAGGUAGAUAAUCUGAUAGCGGGAUCCGCGAGUAAUGUGAAGGGCGAUUGGGCUGGCUUGGGAGAAUGUAACAGCGUCGGGGAUGGUGUCCCAGCUCCCGAUGAAAUGGUGAAUGAUACUCCUCCAGUGGCGGAGUUGGAUUCACAAAACGGUAGCAGCAGCGAUGGUGGAUCGUUACUCGGCACGCUUGUAGAGGUGAGACACAGGGCCACCGGCUAUAGAGGAUCGUGGCAUCCAGCCAAAGUAGUGAAGAUCGACUCUGGUCGUGGGCUGGUUGAGUAUGAGAAGUUGCUCGCUAGAGAUGGCUCGCCACACUUUCAAGAGUAUGUUCCAUUUAGAGAAGGCUUGGAGGUUCUCUUGAGGCCGCGGCCACCUCCACUUACAGGGAAAACACAGGAAGUCUGGCAACGGGGUCUUUGGGUCGAUGCCUUCUACGGGGAUGCUUGGUGGGAAGGCGUGCUCAUGGACAAUGUCCAACUUCCGGACGAGGACAUGCAGGUGUUCUUCCCCGAUGAAGGAGACAGGAGGGGAUUUGGCAGGCAAAAUCUACGGGUUUCUCAAGAAUGGGAUAGUACUACUGGAACCUGGAGGCAGAAGGGACAGUGGACAGAUCUGGCUCUGAUCGAGGGGAGGAAGAUACGUGUCAAGAGGACUUUCGCAGUCAAGCCCAAACAGUCCGGGGAUACUUCGUCUGGAAUUCUUGUGGUGAACGACAUGGGAAAGCGGAAAAGGGACGAGAGUAUGUCGGAUACUGAUGAUGACGAGACAAUCUAUGCGUGGUGUACGAGACACAGAAAAAAGCUGCCUUCCAGGAUUGUCAAGCUUCCAGAAGCGGAUGAUGGCAUUUGUCCAGGGAAUGGAAACGAUGCGGAUGAUUCAACGAAUGCUGGCCGUGAGGGGGAAAAGCAGAAGGAACAGCAGACUAAUGGAAGCCAGAAGAAACAGCAGAGUAAACUAGAAUCUGGAAGGGAUAAGCUGCAGGGGGGUUCCCAAGUCGCAGGUUCCGGUUUAAUUUCUGAAGAAGCGGGAAACCAUGUUGGAGGAGAUAAUCAGGUGGAUAAUAUACAAGCGAUGAUAAUGAGGAGUGGCCUAACCCCUCUCGCUACCAAGCUUGAAAUGCUGCGUCUAGAGUUGAUGGGAUCCAAAGGAGAAGAAGCAGUAGGUAGCAAGAGUCACUCUGGCAGGAAAAUCUUAUGUGAGGGAGAAGAAGCAGUUGGGAACAAGAGUCACUCUGCCAGGAAAAUCUUGUGUGGGGGAGAAGAAACAGUAGGCAACAAGAGUCGCUCUGCGAGGGAAAUCUUGUCUGAGGGAGAAGAAACAGAAGGGAACAAGAAUCACUCUGCCAGGAAAAUGUUGUGUGAGCCAGUUUCAAUCGAGGUAACCCGUCGUCGUUCCUAUCGCAAGCUAGUAGACGCUACCGAGCUGAUUGAGGAGGCACAAGCCAAGGACGACGAGGCAUGCACCCGCAGUACUAAAAACUCGAGGCACUGGGCGAGUCAAGAUUCAUCUAUUUCUUCCAAGGGUACAGUAUUGGCAGUGGCACGAGAUAAAGCCAGAAAACUCCUCUUCGAAUCAGGCUGGACAGUUUGCCACAGACUGAGAGAACGAUUUAGCAGAACAGCAAAGGAGCCGUUUUAUAUCUCCCCGGAGGGGAAGCCGUACAUGUCACUAGCGACCGCAUGCAGAGAAUGGUUGCGCCGGAACAAGCACGCUAAGCCUGCAAAGGACCGUGUGAAGCUUUCUCAUCUUCAGCUCAUUGCCAGAGGUGAUUAUGGUUUUCUUCCUCGCUCUGGGAAUGAGGGUAGUCAGAUCGUAUCUUGGCACAGGACUCGGAAUAUUAGAGAGGACAGUGUAGAAGAGACCGCGAAGCAGAAAAAGCUAACAAAAAAAGGGAAUAAUGACAACAGGAAUGGGAGGUCAAGAACAGGUUGUCGACUGGAGGCUGUUUUAUCUACACCUACAAGGCCGAGGCAAGAAGAGGACGCUGAAGUAAGCUUCAUCAAACGCAUGACACUUUUCUCCUGGUUGAUCGACAUGGCAGUUCUCAAUGAGGGUGAGAAGAUCCAGUUAGUGAACUCGGACACAAACCUCAUACACAGUGGAAUUGUUACGAGCGACGGAAUACUGUGCAACUGUUGCAAGAAGAACUUUUCAGUUUCUAGCUUUCAGGCGCAUGCUGGCGCCACAGGAGGAGCCUCCCAAAUGCGUUUGCCUGACGGGAGGUCUAUCCUAGACUGCCAGUUAGCGGCUCUGAAGGCGAUGGAAUUAAAAGAGUCAGAGCUCGUGGUUGAUGACGUUGAAAUGGAUGAGAACGACGACACUUGCGCGGUGUGUGGAGAUGGUGGUCAACUCGUCUGUUGUGAUCACUGUCCAUCAACAUUUCACCUGAAAUGUCUUCGUCUAGAGAAUGUUCCCGAAGGCGAUUGGUUCUGUCCCAGGUGUUGCUGUGCCAGCUGUGGCCGCAGCUUAUACGAUCCGACCAUCCAAACCGAGAUCCUGUACUGUGAUCAGUGCGAGCGCGAAUAUCAUUCCAACUGUGUUCCUGGCUGUGCAAUGAAGUACGAAUCUAGUGAUAACCAGUUCUGCAGUCGAAAGUGCUUCAAGAUUUUUCGAGGCUUGAGGAAACUGGUUGGGAGGGUAAACAAAGUGGAUGACAUGUACUCCUGGACGCUGUUACGCUCAGAACAUUAUGAUCAAUCCGCAGAGAACUCCAAGUUGGAAAGUGUUGCAGAUUUAAAUACACGCCUGGCGCUUGCUCUCACCGUCAUUCAAGAGUGCUUUCGACCGAUGAUUGACCCUCGAUCAAAUAUAGACAUGGUUUCUCACAUCCUUUAUAACCGAAGAGGUGAAGACAAGCGUAUGGAUUUUCGUGGCUUUUAUACUGUGGUAUUAGAGAAAGAGCAGGAGUUGAUCUCCGUUGCGUCCAUGAGAGUCCAUGGAUCUCACGCUGCGGAAAUACCUUUCAUUGGAACCCGGUCUCAAUAUCGAAAACAGGGAAUGUGUCGGCGCCUCAUAAAUGUCAUUCAACAAGUUCUCCAUACCUUGGAAGUUCAAACACUAGUCCUUCCGGCGAUCGCAGAGUUUAUAGAAACAUGGACAAGCGCUUUCGGGUUCCAAAAACUGACUGCUGCUCAGGGAAUCCAACUUAUGGAGCUGAACAUCGUGACUUUUCCGGGUUCAAGUGUCUUGCAAAAGCCUCUCACUUGGCUAGAAUGCGGGCGAAAAUUGACACCUGUUGCAGAGGAGUUGGCCUACCAGUCUCUCUUAGGUGAAGAAUCGAGUGCGGAGAAAACCGAUGACGAAAAAGUGUUGGCAAAACCAAUGUCAAGAAGGGCUCACCACCGUUCGGAACGGAAAUUACAACCAGAGAAAGCGUUGGAAAUAAAUCGACAGCCUGGUGUACAAGCUGAGAAAGCAUUGGAAGCAAAUCGACAGCCUGCAAAGGUGCCUGGUCUACAACCUGAGAAAGCAUUGGAAACAAAUCGACAGCCUGCAAAGUUACCUAGUCGGUUUUCUGCUAGCAAAUCGUUCUCGGCUCCGAAAGUCUUGCACACAAGGCGAGCUCCAGCCAGCUCUCCCGAAUCGAGUGAGGAUCACCAAGUUGUGGAGAUAACAAAGCCAGUCGUAGUUGCAAAAACAAGAUCCAAUCGGCUGGUGAAAUCUUCCUCGUGGAUAGCUCAUGGCUUGAAGUCACUUCGGAAGCCUGAGAUGAAAAGCAACAAGCCUUUGGAGAGCUCGAGUUGUCUUCAAGACAAACGAGAGCAGCCAAAGAGGAAUGGUCGGAGCGUGCAAGACGAAGAGAUGGAUUGGAUUGAACAACAGGCGGCUCAAAGCAGUAGAGACGCUGCGGUUAAAUCACCUCCACGUACAUUCUCGAGACGUCCUCGUCCCCAGCUUCACGAGAGGGACAACCAUGUACAUAACACAUUGCUACAAAUUCAAGGAUCUAGCGAGGAUACAGCGCAAAAGGAUCUGGGAGCGCUGUGGAUCACAAAGUGGCCCAAGAGCAAAAGGUCCGUUCUUCCUAGACAUUACAGAGCUCGCUUCAAGAUCGAGGCGAAAGCUACAAUCACAACGAGGUCGCUAAGAAGAAGCGAGCUCAACAAGCAGUGAAUUAUCGACUUUGGAAGCAAAGGACUAGGU